AUGGUCGAAAGGCUGAUGCCCAUUCUGAAGAAGAAGGACACGAAAAUGCGGCUUGCACAAGACAUGGGACUCAAGUUGGUGGUCAUUUUCCGCCACCUGGCAAGUGGGAACAACUAUACGAGCCUCCAAUACAGCUUCCAAGUCUCCAAGAGUUCCAUAUUCCGGUUUAUCCCAUUAGUCUGCCAAGCCAUUAACGACACAUGCAAACCAGAAGUGAUGAAGUGCCCCAAGACACCAGAAGGGUGGGACGAUGUAGCAAAACGAUUCGCCUCAAUGUGGACCUACUUCAAUGGCAUGGGAGCCCUGGAUGGGAAGCACGUUGCAAUCAAGAAACCCAAAGGUGGAGGAUCACUGUACUUCAAUUACAAGAAGCUCCACAGCAUCAUCCUCAUGGCCCUCUCUGAUGCAAAAUACAGGUUCCUGUUCGUUGGCGUCGGUGCGAAGGAGGUGCUGGGGAUGGAGGAACCUGGCAGAAGGGCAACCUGGCCAGGCCUAUCACAAACAACCGCACAAACAACCGAGGAGGACUCCCACAAGACAGAAAUUUGCCCAUCGACGACGAACCCAUCCCCUUCCACAUAG